AUUGAAGAAUAUUAUUUAACCAUCAUUUUCUCCACUUAGACGAGCAGAGCAGAGUUUACAAUUAAUGGUUAUCUUAUCUUCCUUCUUCCGCUGUGCACAAUCAGUGAUUGCCUUUGUGGCUUUCAUAAUUAUUGUGCUAUUCCAACAAACUUGCUUUGCCAAGCAUCACCCAUCCUGUCCUCUUUCUUCAUGCGGCAAAGUUCAGAACAUAACAUAUCCAUUUCGACUGAAAGGUCACCCAGAUGGUUGUGGCCUCUCAAGGUACGAAUUAGAUUGUGUGAACAACGCGACAGUGCUAACUCUGUUUUCGGGGAAAUACCAUGUGCAGGAUAUCGAUUACAAGAGGUAUCAGAUCCGAUUGACAGAUGCGGGUAUCGCGGAGGAUACUGCUUGCUCCAUUCCUCGCUAUGUUUUACAGAGAUUUAAUUUCAGUGAUGAUGAUCCGCUAUUUUUUACGGAUGUGAAGGAGUAUCAGGAUGAGGAUUACUAUCCUCGAAAUGUAGUGUUUCUGAACUGUACUAAGAAAGUGAAUGAUGAUCCUCGAUAUGUUGAAGUGAAUGCCGUUCGUCGUUGUGAUUCCGGAGGAGGAGGCCAUAUCUAUGCCCUUCUGAAUGGCUUUGGCGAACUUAGUAUGAUGGACAUCAAGGUUGGGUGCCGUUUAACGGCUACUACCUUUGCAAGCUGGAAACGUUACAGGAACGUUUCCUAUGCUGAUAUCCGCAAGUGGCUGCACCAAGGAUUUCGGUUAUCUUGGUUCUCAACAGUUAUUUGUAGAGAUCAAUGCGGAAAGGGUUACAGAGGUUGCAACAUCAAUCAAACCACGGGAGAAAUUGGAUGUGAAGAAAAGAGAUACUGCUAUAUGUUGGGCUACAAAUAUUACAAAACGACCAAGUAUUGCGGUAUUCUGGGAAUUACAUAUCUGAUUCUGGGAUAUAUACGGUACUAUUCUCCUUCUCCCCAUAUAGUUGGAUUUGUCCUUGAUAUAAGAUAUCUGCAACUAAAGAACUGGUAUGAUGGAGUAUCCAUUGCAAGGAAUCUUCUACUGAUAUUCAUGAUAGCCAGAAUUCUAUUUGGAAUCACCAUUUUGCUUAUGGUGUUUAUCUACAUGUGGAGACGUAGACGUUACUCAAUGUAUGAAAACAUUGAAAUGUUUUUGUUAGACAACAAUCUAAACCCUAUUCGGUACGAAUACAAAGAAAUCAAGAAAAUGACCAAAAAUUUCAAACAAAAAUUGGGUCAAGGAGGUUUCGGCUCGGUAUACAAAGGCAAACUUCGAAGUGGGCCAGAUGUGGCAAUUAAGAUGUUGAGCAAAUCUAAAGCUAAUGGUGAAGAGUUUAUUAGUGAAGUGGCUACAAUUGGAAGAAUACAUCACGUGAAUGUGGUACGUCUUGUUGGAUAUUGUGUUGAAGGAGAAAAACAUGGUUUAAUUUAUGAAUACAUGCCUAACGGUUCAUUGGAAAAAUAUAUUUUCCCUAAAGAAGGAAGAGUCCCUUUAAGUUAUGAGAAAACAUAUGAAAUAUCUCUUGGCAUUGCUCGGGGUAUUGCAUAUUUGCAUGAAGGUUGUGAUGUGCAAAUUCUACAUUUUGAUAUCAAGCCACACAAUAUUCUUCUAGAUGAGAGCUUCAUCCCAAAGGUUUCAGAUUUUGGACUUGCAAAGCUACAUCCUGUGAAAGAUAGGUCUCUUGUUUUACCUGAAGCAAUUGGAACUUUGGGCUACAUAGCUCCAGAAUUAUACUACAAAAAUAUUGGUGGAGUAUCAUAUAAGGCCGACGUUUAUAGUUUUGGAAAGCUUUUGAUGGAAAUGGCAAGUAGAAGGAGGAACUCAGAUCCUCUUCCAGAUCAACUUUCAAGCAAUGAUUACUUUCCGUUUUGGAUAUAUGAUGAACUCAAGGAAGAAAAAGAUAUUGACUUGGAAGAUGCCUCAGACAAGGAUAAGCUUUUAGUGAAAAAAAUGUUCAUGGUUGCACUUUGGUGUAUACAAUUUAAACCAAAUGAUCGUCCUUCAAUGAAGAAAAUUGUAGAAAUGCUUGAAGGAAAUGUUGAAAGUCUUGAAAUGCCUCCAAAGCCUAUUAUAUACCCACAUGAUGGUGAAAUCAACUCUAACCAAACAUCAUGGAGUGAUUCAACUUGUUCUAGUAAGAAUCUUUGCAGAAACAAAUCCAAUCAUUGAUGGUAGAACAACGCUUGGCAUACAAAGGUUAUUUCAAGUUAGGUAUGGGACAAUGGCAAUGAAAUUGCUUAGAACUACACAUUGGUGAUCCUUGGGAUGAUUGAUUCGGUGACAUUAGUUAACUGUUAAAGGGGAAAGGUUUUUAAUAUGAAAUCGUUGCUAUAUAUUGUAUUUUUUAUUACCUGGUAUAGAUCAUAGUCCUUUGACUCAGUGACUAUUAAUAUUCUAUAAUAGAAGUUUUCAUUGAAUAAUAUAUUUGAAUAAAUUUAUCCUCAUAA